ACCUCCCAAAAUAAAGAGCAAAGAUUGCAUUAGGAGCGAACAGCGCUGCAGAAAUAGAUGGCAGCUUCGUGUCAGUGAGUUUGCAUCCCCCUUCCUGAUCCACGAGCUGGAGUGAUUAGAGCCCUGGAAGGGAAUUGUUGCUCCCGUGGAGAAGUCCCCUUUUCCGGGCAGCCGUCUGCACUUGUACACGCUGGAUGCCUCUCUCCAUCCACCCCACUCACUCUUUCCUCUCUCACCUCCUUUCUCCCUCUCUCCUGCAUUGAUUUUUUUUUCCUUUUUAGUUGACUGAAACAAAACAAAACAAAAGGGCCACUGGAUGUCUGCCUUCUUGGGGGGUGAGCCAGACAGACUGACAAACAAACAGACCCAACUGUGUUCGGGGGAGGGUUUCUCCUCCCGUUUUGCCCGGCAGCAGCAGCAUGGACGUGUUGGCUAGUUAUAGUAUAUUCCAGGAGCUACAACUUGUCCACGACACCGGCUACUUCUCAGCUUUGCCAUCCCUGGAGGAGACCUGGCAGCAGACAUGCCUUGAAUUGGAACGCUACCUACAGACCGAGCCUCGGAGGAUCUCAGAGACCUUUGGUGAAGACUUGGACUGUUUCCUCCGCGCUUCUCCUCCCCCGUGCAUUGAGGAAAGCUUCAGGCGCUUAGACCCCCUGCUGCUCCCUGUGGAAGCCACCAUCUGUGAGAAGAGCUCAGCAGUGGACAUUUUGCUCUCUCGGGACAAGUUGCUAUCUGAGACCUGCCUCAGCCUCCAGCCAACCAGCUCUUCUCUAGACAGCUACACAGCCGUCAACCAGGCCCAGCUCAACGCAGUGACCUCAUUAACGCCCCCAUCGUCCCCAGAGCUCAGUCGCCAUCUGGUCAAAACUUCACAGACUCUCUCAGCCGUGGAUGGCACGGUGACGUUGAAACUGGUGGCCAAGAAGGCUGCCCUCGGCUCAGUAAAGGUGGGCGGGGUGGCGCCAGCAGCAGCCGUGGCAGCCGGGACGGUUAAGAGUGGACAGAGCGACAGUGAGCAAGGAGGGCCAGGGGCUGAGGCAUGCCCCGAAAACAAGAAGAGGGUUCACCGCUGUCAGUUUAACGGGUGCCGCAAAGUUUAUACAAAAAGCUCCCACUUAAAGGCCCACCAGAGGACUCACACAGAUGUCAGGUUUUGUGCCACUGAGUGACUGCUGGUUGGGAAAGGAAGACUCGUUCAGAGAAGCCCAGAGGAAGACCGAGCAUUACAUAAGAGAAGGGGAGCAAAGCGAAGCAGCAGUCAAAAGCAGCAUGGAUGAUUCAGAGAAAAGAAAGUUGCUUUUUUUCUUUUUGAACAGGGUGUUUAUUGAUGCUGGUCAUCGUUUUAAAUGAUGCCAAUGUGAUAAUACACUAAUUUAUAUAAAUAGAUGUCCUAAUUCAAGGUCAGGCAUAUCAGCAGGACAAAAUUAAAUACCUCAGCCUGAAACGGUAGGGGGCCAAUCGACCACUUUCCACCUCCUCAGCGCCAUAGAUAAGAAUUCUUUGAAUUUAUACAAUAACAACUGAAACAGGGCAAUUUAAAGACAUUAAAGAACCUUUAAUAUGCUGAGACACAUGGCUGCUAAUGAAGUUUAUCCAUGUGUUGAGGCAGAAACUCAUUAAAACCCUAUUAUGGGAUGGAAAUUGGAAUAAGGGUUAACUGUUCCAUUCACAAGGUAGAGAGUUUAAUAGGUUAGAUAGUUUGGAUUUAGCAUUUCAAGAGUUUAAGAGGAAGAGUUUGAAAAGAAGGGGUAUGAAUGAGGUGGUAGAAAACAAGUGACAGGAGAAUCUUAUGAUUCAGGAAAAUCUUUGGGUUCACCACAUGCUAAUUUAGCAAUAUGCUAGCUCUUAACAUUUAUGAAGAUAAAUGUAGGUAAAUAUGUAUUGGGGAGAAUGGCUUAACCUCAGCAUAUACACAAGCACAUUUAUUUUAUUAUUAUAAUAUAGCAAUAAAUGUAGGCUUUGUGGGGUGCCAAUUCCAGAUGUCCUUUCAAUGGAUAGUUGAUAGUCAUAAAGUAAAUAAACAUGGGGGGAAAAAACACAUGAAAUUAAAUAAAUAUGUCAUCAUAAGCCAUAUUUAUUGAACACUCACUAUACUAGACACUAUCCCUUCCCCCAUCUCUGAGGAUCUUACUUUCUAAUGCAAAAGCCUGAAAUACAGUUUCAUGAAGAUAUUUGGAACCUGAUUUCAAAAGAGAAUAGAGCAUGGAUUGUGGGUGGGAGGUAGGUAGGAAGGAAGAGAAAAGAGGAAUCAGAAAAGGCAGAGGUUUCAGAAAAGGCAGUGGAGGUAAUAGAAUUUAAGAAAUUCUAACAUUUAAAAGUUAGGUUAGCUCUGUUUGAUAGGGAAUAAAAAGAAGAUCAUGAAGGGAUGACAUUGGGAAGGCCAAGUGUGAACUUAAAAAAAAAAACCUGUUCUCUUUAAUAAAUAAUGUAUAGAAGCUGUUUCUGUUAUAAUAAGAGUGUUAAUGAUAAUGAUAAUCGUGGUUAUCCUGUACAUAUUAUACUAGGAGGUGUGAGGAGAGCUAAAUGGAGCUUUGUAAAGAGAUGAUAUUAUAAAAACUAAUUGGUGGCAGGCAGUAUUUUCCUUAUGCUUUCUUAAGUUGAAAUAGCAAUGGAGUUUCUAUUUGAAUAAAAAAAAAAAGGAGUUAAAGUCCUGUGUAAUAAAAAACAAACAUAAAACCUUUUUUAAAAAAAAAUUUUGAAAUAAUCCUUUAAAAAAAUAGUUAAACAGUAAGGACAAAUGAAAAAAUGUUUCUGAAAUGUUGUAUCAUUCUUUGAAAAAUAUCCAGUUUGAAUUUCAUACGUAUUGUAGUGAAACCUUGCAAAUGGAUCAAGAGGAAGCAAACUUUUCAUACAAUGAAGUUAAUUCUAAAAAGCAGAUGGAACUCUUUGGGAAUCCUGCCCACCAGGGGUGUAAUGGGACUCGAGCUCUGCCAGGGUGCCCAGGGCCAUGUGGAGAAGCCUGGCCUCCCUAGCCAGGUAAUUUCAAUUUGUCCCCAGCCUGAUGGAGGUGAUCUGGAUGGCCCUCGGCAGACUGUUCCCUAAAAUCUCAGUUCCUUCUUCAUGCCCCGCUUAGGAGCCCUAUAUGAUGCUGUCCUGUGCUGAGUCACUUCCUGCCUUAGAAGACUUCCUCUACCCUCCUUACAUCAGAAAAGAUCUGGUAGUGAUAUGCUGUUGAUUGAUAGAGUAUGCAUCCAUCUGUGAACUCUUUUAUUAUUUUUUAAAAAUCUUCAAUAACGGGAGACUGUUAAUAGAAUUCAGGAAUCUGCAAGCAAGUAGGGAGACAAGCUGGGGGUGUGCUGGGAGCUGGAGCAGCAUUCCCCACCUCUUCUCCCAGCCCUCCUCCUCCCCUGCUGCUGAAUUUUCUGCAUUUUCUAAGAGUAACUUCUUUUCAACCAUCUAAAAAUGUUGGUGGAAGCAAGACCAUUCAAAGCAAUCAAAAGUUUUUAAGGUGCUAGUUAUUUGGCCAACCAGUGGCAGAGUUACUCCCCAGUCCCUGCAGUGUCCCCAUGUUUGAUUGUCAAUGUUAGGACCUGACUAGCUUUUAUAAUGCAGGUCAACUCACCUAAAUUAUUUACGAGUGUCUUCAGUGAGAAUAAGCUUUCUGUGGUCUGUUCCCUGUUUCUUUUCACCUUACUUCUUUCUCCUUCACCAUCUGUGCUUAUUGAGGUAGGUUUCGUGGGGACUGACCCAAGUUGGCCCCCAUAAGUUUUUCGGGGUGGAAAGCCAGGGCUUUCAAUUAUGGGUUCCUUGUGGAGCCUAGGUCCAGCUUGGACCUCAACCAGGCUGACUUGGCAGAUAGCCUUCCUUUUUGGACCCUGUAUCUUUUGCUUCUUCCCUUCACAAGUUACCUGCUUUCAGGUUAGACCCCUGUUAUUUUCUUUGCAAAAUGAAAUACAUUCUAAUUUAAAAUGCAUUUUAUGUUAUAAACAAUAUCAUGAAAUGUAUACUUAGGCUUUUGCUCUUUCUGCCUUCAGAACAUGUUCUCUUUCCAUUACUAUAAUUGACAGUGAAUUUAUGGAAUUCAGUAAAGUAAAACAAUUACCUGAAUUGUUUUCAGGAAAACAGUAUAAAAUCUUUUCAAAUCCCAAGUUUGUUGUAAUAGAAUUGUUUCUAUUUCACAAAGUGAGCAAAACAUGAUACAAGCCAUCAGUUCUUUUAUUGAGGGCAGGAAGCCAGACGCCAUCUUCAGUUGAGAAAGUCCUUUUCUUUCGUGGUAAAGUAUUGCCCAGUUAGGGAUGUUAUGGUGUCUGAUGUCUUCCUCUGAGUCUUGCCAUUUGCAUAUCUGGGAAAUUUUGUAAGAAGGACUAUAGAUUGUCCCAAAAUUGAAGCCACAAUUAAGUGACAGAGGUCCUAGGAGUCUAACGGGUGCCCUAAAAAUUGUAGCUAUAUAAUCUGUUCCCUGAUUAAUAGAACCCAAGACAAAUGUUCACUGUGGUACAUAAUCUAGUUUACGAGAUGCAGGAUGGACUUUUUUUGGAUUGCAAUGCAACAAUUGUGUUUAAAAAUUUUUUGUCUUCAUUUUGUGUGUUCACGUAGUUUAAUGUCACCUCACUGCAAUUCAUUACUGUGAUUAUGAACUUACAACAUGGUGUUUGAAUCCCCUUACUAUGGGAUACGCACACUCUUCAACUGUACUCAACUUCUGUCAUAGAAAGGAAAUAAUGAUUGUUCAUAUUGUAUUCUCAGUUGGUCAUGAGCCUCUUGAAACACUAGUAUUGGUAAUUUAAAAAGAGCAACAAAAGAUACAUCUCCCUCCUCUGAUAUAGGUAAUAAGACAUUUUAUGUUCCUCGUGUUCAGGAGAGAGUGUCAGAAAAUCGAUAUGAAUAAAUUCAAGUACACAGAGGAUUCAACCUAUUGAAAAUGUAGUGUAUGGCAAAAUGACAGUAUGUAUUGUUAAAUAUUUUCUGCUUCACCCACAUAAAUAUUGGCAUGUAGAAAAGGUACCAUAGACUACUGACAGGUUUAGGGAGAAGGUGAUUUGCUGACUUUUUUGUUUUUUUCAUUCUUUGUUGUUGUUUAGUGCCUCAAGACUUACAGCUAAUCUAAAUUUGAAACUAAAUACUGUCAUUACAGAAGAUUUUUUUCUGAGUUCUUCCAAUUUCUCUGGGGACAAAAUAAUGGCCGCUUGAAGCAGAGGAGAAACAGUAAUUAGGGCAAAUAGUAAUACUGUGCAUGAUUGAGGAAAAUGUGAGGAAAGGAGGGAGAAAAUGCAACAGACAGACUUGUACAGCCUGUUACUAGGAAACCACAUCAGCAUUAAAUACAGUGUGCUAAUUGGCUAUCCUGUUUCUGCCUGGGUACCAGCCUGGGCCUGCUACACAGCUGUUUCUGCUCUUUCUGGUUGCUAGGUAACUGCAUCAUUUCCCCCGCCACCCCCCUUUUGUAUUCUGGAGGCUAAUUGGCUACUUCUGCUCUUGGUGUUGCUGCUGGGUACCAGUCUGGGCCUGCUGCUCUGCUGUUUUCCAAAGGGAUUUAAUGGGGAAAGGGGAGGGAGGAGGGAAAGGAAGAUAUGCUGGCAAUUAAUGGAGCAUAAGUGCAAAUUCUACACAGUGUCUGGCACCUGCGUCCCCUCAUCCUGCUUUCUCAACUAAAUCCUUUAGCUAUGAAAACACAUUAGAACUUGAAGUCUUUCUUUUCUCUGCAUACCUUUCGAAUGUAGUUCAAAAGAACCAAAACAUUUGAAGAUUUUUUACUUAAAUGAUGGAUUCAGUCUUCUUACAAAAGAACUGGCAAAUCAUUACACAUCUACAUUUGAUAUGGGCUCUAAUAGAAUUUGCACAAACAUUAAAAUAAAUAACAAAGCAACAUCUUUAACAUCUUCAUGAUAGUGACGCUUUAUCUCUUAAAUGGACCAAAUUCUUAUGAAAGCCAAUUUUCUUAAUAUCAUACAGAAUAUAAACAAGAAAUAAAUUGGACUAAAGCAAUUAUGGGAUUUUCCUAACUGUUUUAGUCAUUAAGAAGGAGUAAAGGGAAGCUUCUAGACCGAUGCCCUUCCAUUAUGGAUUUAAUUUCUCUGAUGUGCACUGCUCAUGUCUCAGGUACUUUUUAGGAAUGCAUUGCAUUCACACAGAAAUAAUACAUGCACACCUUAUUUUCUUUCCUUAUAGCAAAUUAAUAAAUGUGGACAGAGUAAACCUAAAAUCAGUUUUGUGAUUUUAAAAAUGUAUAAUUACUUUCCAUGUAGGUGUGUGUCCUAAGUAGAGAUUUCCAUUUCAUCAUAAUUGAAAUUCACUGGAAGUGUGGGGAGGGAAGUUCUUCAGAAGUGAAGUGAUGCAUCAAGGAGGUUUCACUUUAAAUGAUUGAGAAAGUGUAUGUAAAUUCGGGGCCCUUGAAGAGGCAACUUCAUCCCCCUGGGAAGGACCACUUUAUUGAGAUAACUCAGAGCAUGUUUUGUGACCGUGCACAGAGAUAGUUAGCAAAGGCAACUCUUAUUUGAUGCUAAUGGCUGGUACUGGUUUCCCAUACUAAUGAGAUCUCCUGUUGCCCAUCAAAAGUGAAGCAGGCAGAGCUCUCUUCUGAGCACCAAGCCCUGCCACUGUGAGAUCAGAUCAGGUUCUGAGAAUCAUUUCUGCUUAGGUAUCCUUAAAAUAGGUAGAAGGCCUCAAACAAGGCUAGGAUGAUGGAGAGAACAUUGCAGGUUCCAUAAAUCUUAAGGAAACCAGCUUGCCCUUAGUAGUAUUCAAACUGAAAAAGGAAAACCGUGUUAUAAAAGGAUAACCUCAGAGCAGGUGUAAUACUAUUUCUGCUAUCCCUAUUGAAAGGACCAGUUGGGAAUCACUCACAAGUAUUUGUCCAUUGAAAAGACUUAACCAUUUGAUCAUGAGAAGCCAUCAGAGGCUGAAUGAUCCUUCAUUGCUUGAUAUGUUUUAUAUUCUGACUUUGUGAGGGGGUGGUUUUGAUUGAGUGUUUAGUCUUUGUUGAUGGCAGAUUGUCAGAGGAACAACUUUCUGUGUAUAUUAUGGAUUAUCCCUAGUAGACCAGUGCAGGACCUGGAGUGAAGAGUCCAAAGAAUUUCUGGGUCUGUCUUGCCCACCACUUUUCACCCUUCCAUUGGGUGUGGUUGCAGGUCUGCAUUCCAGCUCUGGGAAGACCUGAGAAACCUGAGGCAGGGGUCUUUGAGGGCUGCAGCAGCCGUGGUUAGCCCCAGCUGCAAACACACAUCAGCACCCACUGCCCAGCAUCUUCUCUUCAUGCUCUUUGGACAGGCAGGUCUUUAUUCUUUGACUGUCUCCAUGUUUAAAGCAACAGUGGGAGCACAGAAAUGCCUGGGGGUUGAGGAAAGGAGAUACUCUACGUAGCUGCUUCAGCCGUUCAAUUCUCCGCAGUGGUGAAACCUGCUUUGUUAAUUCUCAUCUCCACACAAGCUGUUACCUUUUACAUGAGGUCAGUCAGUUGGCUAACCUGGAAAAGAAGAAUCUGAUGGCUGCUAGCUGCCCAGUAGAGCUGCUGCUGAUACAUACUAUACCUUUGUGCAAAUCAGAAAGAGGUUCCCCUUCCGUGGGGCAGGUUCAGCCUUGUGCUUAGGAGUGGAGCUGGAUUCAGCACCCCUAGCCCUUCAGCGGGACACCCUGUGCUCACAAACUCCUGUGGUUGCCCGCUCACCACCGGGCUGAUCCCCUCCGCGAGACUCCCCUGACUCUUCAAGAAGUUGUGAGGCUAAUGAGGUUCCGGGAGAACAUGGAAGUCACAUGACUGUUCAAGGGCAUAUGUAUGGGGGCCUUCUCUCAGUGCCUAAAGAGGCCAUUAUGUGUGACAGCAAACCUUUUAGCCCAGCCAUUCUCCUUCACUGUGAGAUCAUUAGUUGCCUAAUGCAGUGAUUCUCAGCUUGGGCCGAUUUUGCCCUGAGGGGACAUUUGGCAAUGUCUGGAGACAUUUCUGGUUGUCACAUCCAGGGGAGGGGGUUGCUACUGGCAUCUGGUGAGUGGAGGGCAGGGAUGCCUCUAAACAUCUUAUAUUCUACAGGACAGUCUCCACGACAAAGAACCCUGGGGCCCCAAAUGUCAACAGAGAGGUUGAGAAACUCUGGCCUAAUGCAACCUCGGUUGUCCUUUGCUGCUUCUCUUUGCGUCACUCUGCACUGCUUGCAGAAUAUUUCCUCAUCCUUUUAAGGCUCCCAACCAGAUCUUGCCUUGACUUUUUUAUGAUUGUUUAAAAAUUGACAAAAUAUAAAUAUCGUACAAUUUAUUAUUUCUAUCCAUACUUAGAAGAUGUGCUGUUUCCCCCCUGACCACAUGAGGCACAUCUCUCCAUCUCUGCUAGAAGCUUCACUUUCUAGAUUUAACAUUCAUGAUUGUGACUCUUCACAAGAGACAUCCCUCCCCUUUCGCUGAAGGCUCCGGACCUGUAAUAAUUUGAGAUUUUGCUGAGGCAGAGAUUUGAAUGGUGUGAGCUGCCAGGCUGGUGUGUGAGAGGGAAGCUUUCAGUCAGGAAAUGGGCCUCACUGACUGGGCUCUCACGAUCAUCUUCUACCUGUCCUCUCCUGUACCGCAGCCUCACUGAAAUACAACAAUCAUGUCCUUGUUAGCAAAAUGAAGGUACAGAAAUAAGACUGAGAAUAAGCAUUUUUAGUCAGAAAAUAGAACUUUCAUUGGGAACACUGCAUUGCCCUGCUGUGUGCUGCAUCAGUGCAUUUCCUAACAUUCACUAUUCCCUUUCACACCAGCAGCAUGAGGGAAGCAAAGCAUUCUGAGUUCUCAGGGAGAAAGGUGCUCUCUCAGGUAGAAGGAUUUAAAUGGCAUUCUCUAAUGGACACAGCCUUUACACUUGCGUUUUGUUAAAGGAUGUGAAUUAUGCAUUGGCCUUUCAGCCACAUUCACAUGCAUAGAAAAUAACAUUUUCAGACGUGUCAUCCCCAGACACAAUGGACAAGAUGCUGUUAUAAUUGUGUGGCAUUGUCCUUGCUUUUUUGGAGAUAAUGCUGCUGACAUUAUUCCUCUCAUACAUGUGAAUGUGGCUGUAGGGAGUGCGUGACAUCUGUCUUUCACACUGGUUAGCUUAUCCCUUGCCACUUGGAGAGGUUGCGAUUAGUGAGCUGGCCUCCUGGGUCAUGGGAAGUGCCAUGUUUUGGAUCAUAGUGAUUAUCAGACCUUAGUUUUAGGCCCCUUAGGGAAUUAGUAAUAUUUUACCUUGAUGACCUAAAGAUACAGUGGUUAUUUAGUUAGCUCCACAAAGCAGAUGUGCUAAAGACAGGGUAGGCUGAGGCAUCUCUGCUCAAAUUGGCUUCAGGAAUGAGAAGGCAAUUGGGUACCAAGCCUGGGAAUGGCUGCCUCCACAUUAUUGCUUAACCCAAGUAAGUAAGCAAUAAUAGUAUCACUUUAUUUAUCUUUCUAGCCUACGAAGUGGUUUGUCAUACCUCAUUUCAUUUACUCCUCACUUACUGUGGGGUAAGUAUUCUCAGUGUUCCCGUUUUAUAGAUGAGGCAACACUCAAGAGAAUGAUUUUUCAGUUUUCUCCAUUGAACUAUAGAGGCUACUUCAUUCUGUUUUUCCUUUAGAAAUCAGUACUUUUGGGGGCCUAAAUUAAAACAAGAUAUAAAUGAAUAUAGUUGUUUGUAUGGUUCACCAAGUUAAAUGGCUUAAUAUUUGCAUUCUACUUAUUUCAUAGAUAUGCCCAAUAAUGCUACUGUCUUACUUGCCUAGUAGGACCACAAAUUCAGAAUAAGAACAUGGAAUAAUUGUCUUGUAUAUUUUAAUUGAA